UAAUCCAUUGUUCAAGCUAGCUUACUUUACAGACCUUUACUUUGACUUGUUCAUCAAUUCUGACGAGUCUUUUUCUUUAUCCUGUGUGGUCCUUUGGCGGGCAAACUCCGCGUACAACUGCUUUUUGGUGUCCAUUCCAUAUAUAUAUGUACCCUUUUCUUCAUCUUCUUCAAUUUCUUGUACAAGAAGACCAACGACCUUCUUCUUGCUUCUUCUACGUCAAUCCCACAAAUCUUCGCUUUAUUUGUGUUGUAUUUAUGUUAUUCAUUUGUAGAAAUAGUUAACUUUGGAGUUUUCUCUCUAAGAUUUUGAUUGUUCUCCAGGUUAGCUUUCUUGGGGUUGAAAGUUUCAGUACAAUCAAUCCUUAAACUUCUUAGUUAAUUUUUGUGAUCUUUUUCUACAUGGGUUUUUUUUUCUUUCUUUCUAUUGAAUUCCGGGUAACUGAUGCUUGGGUUCUUAUUUUUUUUAUCACAUACAAAGUGUUUGAUGAUUUUACUUAAAGAUUUUUCUGAUACAUGGGUUUUUAAUGUUAUUUCAGGAUAUAAAAUUUAGCAGCCCUCUUGGUGCAAAUCAAUUCUGAUUUUUCGUGUGUAGAGAUAAUAAGGAGAUCAUUUGCUCUCUUAUCUGACCCAUGGAAAGGCAUUUGGAUCGCCAAGACUCUGAUAUUGAAUUUCAGAGACAUCUUCCUGGCUGUAUAUGGAACAUGUUUCAUAUUCUUGAUUACCACCAUUGGCACAGUGUCAAAAAGAUGUCUCCUCGCAGAAAACAGAGGAGAGGGAAACAUGCGACAUGCUUUGGAAAUCCAAAAACUGUUUCUUUUGCACAUUAUACGGAUGAAGUGCAAAAUCAUUUGGAUUCUGAUGCUGUCCCAUCACUGGAUGAGCAGAAAACAACAAAGGCUACCCCAACUGAUAGGAUUUCUGGCAAAGCCCGCAUAAAAGCAUUGAUUGCUGAAGAAAUAUCUGCUAGAUUACAUUUGCUGAGAACUUAUUCAUGCCAUCAUUUAGGGGCUUCAGAUGGCCUUGGUGGAAUAAGUACUGAUUGGACAAAUCCAAUCAUCAUCCUCCAGAAGAGUGCUGAUCCUGCUACCUCUGGAUUGCAGAUUCCAUCUCUACCAAGGAGCUCCAAUGAAAGUGUCACAUGCAAUGGAAAGUAUCAUCCGUCUGACGUCAUGAGAGAUGAGGGUUGCUUAAAGCAACACUCGCUUUCUGCAAAGCAAGAAUUUUCCAGGGGAAACACUGAUAAAUUGAUGAACACCUCAUUAAACAAGAACCUUUCAGAUGGUAAACAGCUUGAUAGGGGAAUUUCAAGUCACCAAUUUAUGGAAUGUGUGGAUGUUCUUGAGUUAUUUAAGGUAAACAAGAAGUUGUUCCUGGAAAUCCUACAGGAUCCUGAUGUUCAAGCUGCCAAAAACUUCCUUGUUCAGCUGAAUUCCAAUAGAAAAGUAAGAUUAAAGAAAUCAGGGUCAUUUCCUUUAGCUGAUUCUCCGAGCACUAGACUUUUGAGGCCUAGUACAAUUGAACACAAGCAGAAAGAAAUUUGGUCCUUCCCAAAAGAAGAAAAUUUUCUUGCUGGGAUUAAAGUGCCAAAGUCUGUUGAAUUCAAGGAUUCUCAUGAUAAGCCAAUGGGUUUAGAAUCUGAUGAUACUAGAGUCUCUGCUGUUGCUCUGGGAACAGACCAUUCUUCUUCUGUAUUUUAUCAGGGAACACAUAAGCAUGGGUGGCACCAAUCAUUUGUGAUUCAUUUGAAAGAUGUUAUGAAGAAAAUAAAACAUACACUCAAAGAGAGCAAAAAGGAGGAUAACCACACAUCAAUGAAUACAAUACUCCAUGGGGUUCCUUCUAGAUGUAAAUUGUCCACUAAUGAGAAAGAUGCUCCUGUAAGGUUUGAGGAGGUUACAAUUCAACUAGAUGGUAAAGAAAACUCCAGAAGUUUUCAUGAAGCAAACAGUUCUGAUAAUGAUCUGAGCAAGGGUCAACCCCCUCACAUAAGAAGAAUAUCCUCUCUAAAUGAGUCGGUAGAUAGGUACGCUCGAUUGUUUGAGUUCAGCUUAACCAAAGAGGCCAAGUGGCAUGAUUUUAAAUCCAAGAGCUUAAAAUUGACAAACGAGGAUCAGUCUACAUCAACUGGGCAUAGUUUGAAGUCCUUCAAAAGAAGACUUUCCCUGCCCGAUCUCGAGGCCUUUUAUCCCUUGCCAAAUGAGACAUCACGCAAUUCAAUUCAUUCAGGGAUUGCAGUUAAGCCUUCUAUUGAUUAUGAUACAAACACCAAGAAUGAAAGUCCUAACAACUUGAAGUCUGAAAGCGUUCUUGUGGAUAGAAAACAAUUUGAACCCCCAGAAGCUGUUGAAGAGGCUGAACUUCAGAAAAACCUAGUAGAUGAAGCUAGAGGCUGUGAAUACAAGGAAAAUUUGGGUGAUCCAACAGUAGGUAUUGAGGAGGAAGUUCCUAUUGUUGGAGAACAACAUGAGGAUAGAGUUGAGCGAGAAAAGCAGGGGUGUAGUCCUUGUGAAGAUCAGGAGACAGAUACCAUAAUAAACUUCAGCAAUGAAAAUGAAAAACAUAGUUCUGCAUACAAAUCUGUUCUUGAGGAAUAUUUUCAGGAUGAAAUAGCAGUCGAAACAGAGGACCUAGUCUCAAAAGGUUGUGAGUUGGACCCUGCGCUCAUUUGUAAUGAUGAACCAAAUACUUCUAUCGAUCUAGAAGACAGGUCCAGUAUAAAUUCCUUGACAGGAUGUUGCAGCAGUGCAGACCGUGAGAACAAUGAAAAUGCAUAUGGAGUGGCUGGUGAUCACUCUGUGAACUUUGAAUCAAAUGAACUGGAUGAUAAUGAUUUCAAUUAUGUAAGGGAUGUUCUUGAAGUAUCUGGCUUCAUGGAGCAAGGGUGUCUUGGGACCUGGCACUCACUAGACCAGCCAUUACUUCCCACAUUGUUCAAGGAAUUGGAGUCUUAUUUACACCAUGAAUUGGAAUGCUCUUCAGAGGAUAUUGGCUGCAACUGUGAUCACCAGCUUCUGUUUGAUUUGAUUAAUGAGGUGCUGAUUCAGAUACAUGGGAGCUCAUUAGCCUACUUCCCAGAACCCUUCUCCUUCACUCAACGUCUACGUCUGUCACCUAAGGGAAACCAUAAUCUUGAGGAAGUAUGGAAAAGAAUUACCUGGUAUCGGAGCACAGGAUUAAAGACGAAGCAAUCAUCAGAUAACAUUUUGGCUCGAGAUAUAGCAAAAUAUGAUAGUUGGAUGAACCUUCAAGCGGAUGUCGAGGACAUAGCACUUGACCUUGAAGAUUUGAUCUUUGAUGAACUUCUAAAUGAAGUUAUGCAUUAAUGAGGAAGUCAAAUCCAAGAAAUGGAGCUGCCUUCUCAAGUAAUUGUUGUGUAUGUGCAUCUAUCCCAUCCUUGUAUAUGAAAAUUUUGUUUCUUUACUAGCCAUUCUUUAUUUUCAGAGAAAAUCUAUUUCUUGAUUGCCACAACUUCAGGAGGUAAGAUAUGGUUGGAUCUUGCAUUAGCUGUCUUUACCCUUUCUAUUACAGGUUUCCAGGUUUUCUUGAGCUUGAAAUUUAGGAAAAAGGAUAGGAUAAUUCAUGUAAUACAUAGACUCGUGUAGUUUUGUGAAAUUCUUUGAAACCAUUCUUUUGUAAUGUACUGUUGUAAUUUGUUAAGCUUGUUUCGGAUGAUCAAGCUGUUCAAUCUAUUAGUUCAUGGGAAAAUUAUUUUUUCCCAGUUGUAUUUGUAGUUUUUGAAUUUAUUUUCAGUUUUUUUUUUUCACCAAUUUAUUGUAAUAUCAUGUGGGAUUACAGUAUUUAUUUUUAAAAUAAUUGAUAGUGUGUUUUAUUAUAUACUAAAAUUAAUAAUCCCUUUUA